CCUGAUUUCUUUUUGAAUGCUAAAUGUCCUGUGAUGUUAGUAGUGUGUAGUGUAGUGUCAAGUAUUGUUAAGCUCAGACCUUCCUCCUGCUGCUGGCUCAACUCUCUUUAACAAUGUGGCUUUAUACUUUUUUGCUGGGUUUUGACCUCAAGGGGUUAUUCCUGUUUCUUUUUAUUUUUAUCAUAAUAGCAGACUUCCUCAAAAACAGGAAUCCUGCAAAUUAUCCUCCAGGACCGUUGUCUCUUCCCCUUGUUGGGAAUUUCUUCAGUGUGGAGAGGAAACAUCCAUACAUUUAUUUUUCAAAGCUGGCUGACAUCUACGGGAAUGUGUUCAGCGUCCGCCUUGGUCGUGAAAAGCUGGUGUUUUUGUCUGGGUACAAGAUGGUGAAGGAAGCCAUAGUGACACAAGCCGACAACUUUGUGGAUCGACCAAAGAAUACAAUCGUCGACAGGGUUUACUUAGGAGGAACAGGUGGUCUGUUCAUGAGCAACGGUGAAAUAUGGAAAAGACAGCGUCGCUUUACCUUGUCUACUUUACGUAGCUUCGGCCUGGGUAAAAGCCCAAUGGAGCAAAGUAUCUGUGAGGAGAUCCGACAUCUGCAAGAAGAGAUAGAGAACGAGAAAGGUGAACCUUUCUGCCCAGCAGGUCUCUUCAACAAUGCUGUGUCAAACAUCAUUUGCCAGCUGGUGAUGGGGAAACGGUUUGACUACAGCGACCACAACUUCCAGACCAUGCUGAAGUAUAUGUCUGAAGUUAUGCAGCUAGAGGGCUCUGUAUGGGGUAUGCUCUAUGAGUCAUUCCCUGGAGUGAUGAAGCACUUGCCAGGUCCUCACAACAAGAUGUUCAGAUACUACAAUGCCAUCCUGGACUUCAUCAGUCAGGAGGUAAAGAGCCACAAGAAGGACCUGGACUACAGCGAUCCCAGGGACUACAUUGACGCUUUCAUCAUUGAAAUGAAGAAUCACAAAGAGUCUGAUCUGGGCUUCACUGAGACCAAUCUGGCUCUGAACUCUCUGGAUCUGUUCCUGGCUGGAACGGAGACAACCUCCACCACUUUGCUGUGGUCUUUGGUUUUCCUCAUAAAUAACCCUGAUAUCCAGGAUAAAGUCCAGGCAGAAAUAGACAGAGUGAUAGGACGGACGCGGCAGCCAAGUAUGGCAGACAGACCCAACAUGCCCUACAUUGAUGCUGUCAUCCACGAGAUCCAGAGGAUGGGAAACAUUGUUCCUCUGAAUAUACUCCGAAUGGCCGCCAAGGAUACGACGCUGGGCGGCUACUUCAUACCCAAGGGUACAUCCUUGAUGCCCAUCCUAACCUCUGUGCUGUUUGACAAAUCUCAAUGGGAAACUCCAGACACCUUCAACCCUGGACACUUCCUAGAUGCUGAUGGAAAGUUUGUGAAGAAAGAAGCUUUCCUGCCUUUCUCUGCAGGGAAACGUGUGUGUCUCGGUGAAGGCCUGGCCAAGAUGGAGCUGUUCCUGUUUUUUGUUGGUUUACUACAGAAGUUCUCUUUCUCUGUUCCUGAUGGGGUAGAGUUGAGUACAGAAGGAGUAACUGGAGUUACACGUGUACCACACCCCUUCAAGGUUUACGCAAAGGCUCGCUGAAUUAUGUAACAUCUCACUAAAUCAUCUUUCAUCUUCAACAUUUCACUGUUGUGUUCUUGCCUCAUGUACUGAUGUGACUAUGUGAUUCAGUCAUUAUUUACAAAAAAUGUUCUUGUAUUAAUGGAACUGUUCUAAGACGUUUCCCUUGUGUCCUUGUUAUUACACAAUGAAUAGAGUUCCAUAAAGAUGAGCUUUGUUCAGUAAACUUACAAAAAACAACUUUUCUUCACACUAAUGAUCCAUGUAUAAAUCAUAAGUUAAUAAUAAACUGAAAUCAAACCAUUUCAACUCAUUUAU